AUGCUUUUCGAAAAUUCUGUUUCGAAUGAAAAUAUUUCUGAUGAAAGAACUGUAUUGAAUUACAAUUUAAAUAUUUUAGGAAGUAUUUUGAAAACAAGAGAAGAUAAACAUUUUUAUGCUUUUCGUGGAAUAGCAUAUGCUAAACCACCAAUUGGUGAUAGACGUUUUAAAGAUCCUGUACCAAUUGAAGCAUGGAACGAGAUAUUAGAUGCAACAAAUGAUGUAAGCGCAUGUUUACAACCCAAAGAUAUUCAAGAUACUGCAUUAGAUGAUGUGCCACAUUUAAAAAUAACAGAAGAUUGUCUUAAAUUAAAUGUUUAUACAUCAUCUAUGGUGGGUAAUAAAAGUGUUAUUGUUUUUAUACAUGGUGGUGGAUUAAGAUAUGGAACCGGUAAUAGUUUACAUAUUCAACCAGAAUAUUUCUUAAAUGAAGAUAUUGUACUAGUAACAUUUAAUUAUCGAUUGGGUCCAUUCGGUUUUGUUAGUAGUGGAACUAAAGAUGCUACCGGCAAUUAUGGUUUUAAAGAUCAAGUUUUAGUUUUAAAAUGGGUUCGCGAUAAUAUUCAUCAUUUCGGUGGUAAUCCAAAUUCAGUAACUUUGGUUGGACAUAGUGCCGGUUCUAUGUCUGUUACAUUACAUAUGGUAUCACCAAUGUCAAAAAAUCUUUUUCAUAGAAUUAUUGCAUUGAGUGGAUCAACAACAAAUCAGUGGCGUGUUGAUAAUGUUAAUUUAACAAAAACUUUAGCUAAGUCUGUUCAAUGCCCAUAUGAUAAUGGUGGUGAAAUGAUUGAUUGUUUACGUGAAAAACCAUGGGAACAAAUAAUUGCUAUUGCAGGUAAUUGGGAUGAAAAUUAUUUACCAGAUAUGGAAUGGAAUUAUGAAAUUGAACAAGAUUUUGGUCAAGAAAGAUUUAUUAUUGAAAAUCCAACAGUUCUUUUUGAAAAAGGUGAAUUUAAUAGAGUAUCUGUAAUAGCUGGUAUAACAAAAGAUGAAUACAAAGAUAAAGGAUAUUUUAUAACAUUAAAUGAACAUUUCUUGAAUAAUAUUAAUGAUGAUUUUUAUAAUUUAGCACCACAAAUUUUUGGUUAUGGAAUUUCUGAAAAUGAUAAAACUUUAUCAAUUAGUAAAAGAUUGAAAGAACUUUAUUUUAAUGAUAAAAAAAUUGGAAUAUCAACAGAAACAGAAUUUGGUGAAUUAUUUAGUGAUGCUCUCAUUAAUUUUGGUGUUCAUCGGUUUGUUCAAUUAACAAGUCAGUACAUCGAUGUUUAUUAUUAUAGAUUUGAUUAUAAAGGACGUUAUACAUGUUCAUAUUAUAAAAAUGGUGAACCUGGUUACAUUCAUCAUGAUGAUCUCUUAAUAUAUUUAUUUAAUUACAAAAAUUGUGCUCCUAAAUUCAAUCAAACUACUCCUGAGUAUAUUGUAGCGAAGAAAUUUAUUCAAUAUUUGGUGAAUUUUUCAAGAUCUGGUGAUCCUAAUGUAAAUACAAUGAAUAAUAAUGAAUUAAUGUGUUCAAUUGAUUGGUUACCAUCUGUAAAAAAUAAUAUUAAAACACUUUAUAUAGAUGAAAAUUUAUGUAAAAUAGAUGUUCCACCAUAUGAGGACAGGUUUACUAUUUGGAAUGAAUUGUUUCCUACUGGUGUGGAUAAUUGAAUUUAUAUAAAAGUGUUGAAAGAAAUGCAAUCAGUAG